UCCAUGGAUGAACUGAAUCAUGAUUUUCAAGCGCUUGCUCUGGAAGGACGGGCUAUGGGAGAGCAGCUGUUGCCGGGUAAAAAGUUUUGGGAAUCUGAUGAUUCCAGCAAAGAUGGACCAAAAGGGAUAUUUCUGGGAGAUCAGUGGAGAGACAGUGCUUGGGGAACAUCAGAUCACUCUGUUUCCCAACCAAUUAUGGUUCAGAGAAGACCUGGUCAGGGGUUUCAUGUGAAUAGUGAAGUCAACUCAGUGCUUUCACCACGGUCAGAGAGUGGAGGACUUGGAGUUAGCAUGGUGGAGUAUGUGUUGAGCUCAUCUCCUGGAGAUUCCUGCCUAAGGAAAGGAGGAUUUGGGCCAAGGGAUGCAGAGAAUGAUGAGAAUGACAAAGGGGAUAAGAAAAAUAAGGGCACAUUUGAUGGUGAUAAAUUAGGAGAUCUGAAGGAGGAGGGGGAUGUGAUGGAUAAAACAAAUGGUUUGCCGGUGCAGAACGGAAUCGACGCAGAUGUCAAAGACUUCAGUCGUACACCUGGUAAUUGCCAGAACUCUGCUAGUGAAGUAGAUCUUCUGGGUCCAAACCAGAAUGGAUCAGAGGGCUUAGCCCAGCUGGCGAGUACCAAUGGUGCCAAGCCGGUGGAGGAUUUCUCCAACAUCGAGUCCCAGAGUGUCCCCCUGGAUCCCAUGGAGCACGUUGGCAUGGAGCCUCUUCAGUUUGAUUAUUCUGGCACUCAAGUACCUGUGGACUCAACCGCGGCCACCGUGGGACUCUUCGAUUACAAUUCCCAACAGCAGUUGUUCCAAAGACCGAAUGCACUUGCUGUUCAACAGCUAACAGCAGCGCAGCAGCAGCAGUACGCGUUGGCAGCUGCCCAUCAGCCUCACAUAGCUGGUAUGUUUUCAGCAGGUUUAGCUCCUGCUGCCUUUGUCCCCAAUCCGUACAUCAUCAGCGCCGCUCCACCGGGAACAGAUCCGUACGCAGCCGGACUUGCAGCAGCUGCGACAUUAGCUGGUCCAGCGGUUGUCCCUCACCAGUACUAUGGAGUUACGCCCUGGGGAGUUUAUCCUGCCAGUCUCUUCCAGCAGCAAGCUGCCGCCGCCGCUGCCGCCACCAAUUCGGCAAAUCAGCAGACCACUCAGCAAACCCAGCAGGGCCAACAGCAGGUUCUACGUGGAGGAGCCAGUCAGCGUCCUUUGACCCCAAAUCAGAACCAGCAGGGACAGCAGACCGAUCCGCUGGUGGCUGCUGCAGCCGUCAAUUCUGCCCUUGCCUUUGGACAAGGGCUGGCAGCGGGGAUGCCAGGUUACCCGGUGCUGGCUCCUGCUGCUUACUACGACCAAACAGGUGCUCUGGUGGUGAAUGCAGGGGCUAGGAACGGGCUGGGGGCCCCCGUCCGGCUGGUAGCCCCCGCUCCAGUCAUCAUCAGCUCUUCCGCGGCGCAGGCAGCGGUUGCGGCGGCCGCGGCUUCAGCCAACGGUGCAGCGGGUGGCCUGGCAGGAACGACAAACGGACCAUUUCGCCCUCUAGGAACUCAGCAGCCCCAACCCCAGCCCCAGCAGCAGCCCACCAACAACCUGGCAUCCAGCUCGUUUUACGGCAACAACUCUCUCAGCAGCAAUUCCCAGAGCAGCUCACUCUUUUCCCAGGGCUCUGCCCAGCCUGCCAACACUUCCCUGGGAUUCGGAAGCAGCAGCUCUCUCGGUGCCACGCUGGGGUCUGCGCUGGGAGGGUUUGGGACAGCAGUCGCUAACUCCAACACGGGCAGCGGCUCCCGCCGCGACUCCCUCACAGGGAGCAGCGACCUAUACAAGAGGACAUCCAGCAGUUUGACACCUAUAGGACACAGUUUUUACAAUGGCCUUGGGUUUUCCUCCUCUCCUGGACCUGUGGGAAUGCCUCUGCCCAGCCAAGGACCUGGCCACUCUCAGACUCCACCACCUUCCUUAUCUUCACACGGAUCAUCUUCAAGUUUAAACCUGG